GUCAGGAAUCCGGGCUCCCGAGAGCAGCUCAGCCGCAAGCGCACAGAUCUGUCUCACAGGGAUGCCGCUGUGGGACCUCGGGCUGUUAAUGGCGACAAAUCCUGGCACCGGGACUUCCAGUACUUGCACCGAGUCAGUAUGCCCAGGGUCACCAGCAAACCACCACUACUGGGACACGCUCUGCUCAUGUCACACGCUGACAUCCUCCCGCUGAGGCUCUUCCUUCUCAAACACGCCUUGAAAGGGACCUUUCCUUGCAAACGGCAGCACCGAUUCAGCACCAGGAGACAAAUGCUGCAGAGGUUUGAACAGCAGAGGCCAGCAGUGGGACCGGAGUGGAACCACCCCGUCCUCUGCCAGCGGUUCCCCUACAUCUGCGGGGACGGCGCGGUGGCUGGGCUGCCGGCACCGAAACCAGAGCAGGGAAGACCAGUCAGCACGGACACCACGGCUGCUGUGAGACCGGGAGCUGCGAGGCGAGGCACGGCACGGCCCCUCGGGGGGCACACGACACCCGCCAGCCGCCUCAUCGCCCGGCACCCCCACAGGCCCCUCACUCCCCUGCUCCACCUCAACACCCGGGCCAGCAUCGAUGUUGAUGCUUCUACCCCAACCUCCUACACCCCCGUAGGGUCCGGCUCGGCCCUUCCCGCAGCACCCCGAGACCGUGCAGGAACGGCCGCCCCGGAGAACGCCCCGCAGGACACAUGGCUGCGCUCGCCUGGUCACAUGAGAGGGCGCCACGUGAUGCCGGCACGCCGGGGAUCAUGUGACCGGGCUGCCCGGGGAUCCCACGGCCGGGCCGCUUCCCGGGCAGCCAGGCCCGACCUGGAGGAGCGGAGCUUCCAGCAAGUGCGGGACCACUUCAACUUCGAGACCUACGGCAACGAGACCUUCCCGCAGCGCUACCUGGUCUCAGCAAAGUUCUGGAAGAAAGGAUUUGGACCCAUCUUCUUUUACACUGGCAAUGAAGGUGACGUUUGGAGUUUUGCUCAGAACUCUGACUUCAUAUUCGAAUUGGCAGAGGAACAGCAAGCACUUGUGGUUUUUGCUGAGCACAGGUAUUAUGGGAAAUCUCUUCCCUUUGGACUUGAGUCAAUGCAGCUGAAGAAGACCGGACUGCUUACCGUGGAACAAGCCCUUGCUGAUUAUGCAGUGCUAAUCACUGAGCUGAAGCAGCAGUACGGUGCUGCAGACUGCCCUGUCAUUGCUUUUGGAGGCAGCUAUGGAGGAAUGCUGAGCGCUUACAUGAGGAUAAAAUACCCAAACAUUGUGGAUGGAGCAUUAGCUGCCAGUGCUCCUCUGCUGUCUGUGGCUGGGCUUGGAGACCCCGCGCAGUUCUUCAGAGAUGUAACAGCAGAUUUUCAGAAGUCCAGCCCAGGCUGUGUCUCAGCUGUCCGCAAAGCCUUCCAGCAGAUCAAGGACCUGUGCCUGAGUGGAGCCUACGAUGAGAUCAGCAGCAAAAUGGCCACGUGCAAGAAGAUCUCCAACAAGGAGGACGUUUACCAGCUCUUUGGGUUUGCUAGAAACGCCUUCACCAUGAUGGCCAUGAUGGACUACCCAUACAAAACCGACUUCAUGGGUCACCUCCCUGCCAACCCAGUGCACGUCGGCUGUGAACAAAUCCUUGCCCACACAGACCCAGUCCAAGGCCUGGCUGCUCUUGUAGGGGUGUUUUACAACUCCUCCGGCUCGGCGCAGUGUUACGACAUCUACCAGCUGUACCAGUCCUGCGCUGACCCCACCGGCUGCGGCACCGGCUCGGAUGCCGAGGCCUGGGACUACCAGGUCUGCACCGAGAUCAACCUGACUUUCAACAGCAACAACGUGACCGACAUGUUCCCCGCCAUGCCCUUCACCGAGGCCAUGCGGGAGCAGUACUGUCACAGCAAGUGGCACGUGAGGCCGCGAGCACGCUGGCUGCAGACAAACUUCUGGGGAGGAGACCUGAAAAGUGCAAGUAACAUCAUUUUUUCCAACGGAGACUUGGACCCAUGGGCUGGAGGUGGGAUAAACAGCAGCCUCAGUCCUUCACUGAUUGCACUGAUGGUUAAAGGAGGUGCUCAUCACCUGGAUCUGCGGGGACACAACCCAGCCGACCCCCCGUCCGUCACUGAGGUGCGCAAGCUGGAAGCGAACAUCAUCGGUCGCUGGGUGGAGUCUGCCAGGAUGGAAAGAGCCCAGGAGAAGCGCUCGGGGGCUGCAGCGGGCGGGUGGCUGUGA